CAUUCACUACACCACACCUGUAAAGCCGCACGUGUCUUUGACUUUCCUUUGACUUCCCCGCAGAAGCUUCGAAAAAUUCAGCUUACAAGCCCUAAUCUUCCGUCCAAGCUCCAAAAUUGAACUUUGGACCUCACUUUUCUCCAUUACAUUACUACUUCAUUAGCUCAGAAUUGGAUUACACAGGAUAUAGGGAACACAUACAGUGGAUUUUGCUGCUGUGAUCGGCUUUGUUAAUUGAUUGAGCAGAGGUGCUCUUUAUUUUAUUGAUUUCAUGGUACUUUCCCUGAUUAUUUAAUUGCUUCUGUUCAGUGUUCGAAGUGAAUACGGGAGUGAGAAUGCCCACAAAUCGGCAUUGCCCCCGAAUUGACACUUAUCAGCUGAAGCUUCGGCUUGAAAGGAAGAUUGGUCAACAAAAGGCAGAGAAAUAUUUUACUGCGUUAAGCAAAUACUUGAGUCUAAAGCUUAACAAGUCAGAGUUUGAGAAGUUCUGCAUUGGUUUGUUGGGGAGAGAUAAUAUCUGCCUUCAUAAUGCACUUAUGCGAGCAAUUAUAAAAAAUGCCUGUGCAGCUAAGACACCUCCACCGAAGAAUGGCACAAUGCAGCCUUCAUUUAAUGUCAAAGUUCCAAAUGGAUAUCAAGGAGGCACUCUCCAGUCACUAUGCAGGGAUGUGUUUCCUCAGUCUCCUAGAAAGGGGAGAACUCCUACUCUUCGUGAUCGUCGAUUCAAGGACCGGGCAUGUCCUCCGCGGCCUCAUUGGAAAACCCAUUCUGCUGAAGAUAAUGCACCAAAAACACGAGAGCAUCAAAGUGCUACUGAGUUGCUACCAUUGGGUAGCAUUCAUAGUAGAAGCCAUGUAACUGCUCCCCUUGGCAUCUCCCUGAGUGGUAGGGGAACAAGGAAAGUUGUAUGUCACAGAUCAGGCCUUUUACACGGUACUGAAACUUGUAAUAGCACUCGUGAGUUGCCAGACUCCAACUCUCUAAAGAAAUGGUUGGAACAAAAGUCGGAGACAGAAGGCGUACAGAUAUCAACAGAUGCCAUAAAUGUGUUGAAUAAUGGGCUUGAUGUUUUUCUAAAGAGAUUAAUAAAACCUUGUUUGGACUUAGCAAGGUCAAAGUCACAACACAAGCGCAUCCAUGACCAAGCUGUUUCAGUUUCAAAUAAAACGAGGCCCAUGAAGUACAUUCAGAAACCGAGUGAUCUCUUUUCUGUUUCAAUACUGGAUUUUCGCUCUGCAAUGGAGUUGAAUCCCAGGAUACUGGGGGAAGAUAGCCAAAUACAGCUUGAGAAAAUUUCCUUGCAUGGAUACAAAGAACCAUUGAUCAAUUAGUGCAUUGAUAUUGGUGUCGUUGCAAUUCCAAGUCCAUCUGAAAGUGAUGACUUGAGUUGUGAUUUUAAAAGUCGCUCAACCAGUGAUGCUGAUGCAGUUUAUAUAAGCAGUAAUAAAGCUUCAACGUCGUUUAGAGCUAUGCAAAAUUUUGGAUCAAGGUUAGGUUGUGUAUACAUCUAAGAGCUGAUUAUUUCUAAAUUGAGAGUUAUUAUUACCUCAUAAAGUAGCAAGAUAUCAAUACUUAUAAGAUUGUAGCCAUUACAAAUAGAGUUAAGUAGUCUUCUUUAACUCAUAGUUUAGUCUUUCAUGUAACUGACUGUUGUUUGUUAAUAAAGUUUAAUUUCUU